AUGUCGCAUCGACUCGCGUUGUACGCACGACACUUUCCCACCAUCUCCACCGCUGCACGCAGUCUUAUCUCCACUAAGGUCCCUUCCUCUCGCACCAUGUCGACGAUCCAAGCUCUCCAGAUUCAGUUCCAGGGCGGACCCGAGGUGGUUCAAGUGAUCCCAGUGCCUGCACCCACGCUGUCCGGCUCGGGCAAGGUCAUCGUGCGCAACGAGUACGCCGGCGUCAACAUGAUCGACACCUACCACUUCGGUGGACUGUACCCACUCCAAUGCCCUAUCAUUAUCGGCCAGGAGAGCGCCGGCGUGGUGGAAGCCGUUGACCCGGACGUGACCUCCGUGUCGGUGGGCGACAAAGUGGUGCAGUACGGUGGAGGCUCGUACACGCAAAAGCAGCUCCUCGACGCCGAGCGCGUCGUCAAGUUGCCCGCUGGCAUCUCGACCCGCACGGCAGCAGCAGCGUACCUGCAAGGCCUCACCGCGCUUACCUUGCUCAAAGAAGCGCACCCCGUGAAAAAGGGAGACUGGAUCCUCGUCACUGCCGCUGCGGGUGGCGUCGGCUUGCUCCUGUGUCAGAUGGGCCGAGCCUUCGGAGCCAAUGUGAUCGCCGUCACCUCCACUCAGGCCAAAUGCGAACUCGCCAAGGCACACGGCGCCCACCACGCGCUACUCUACAACAAGGAAAACCCCAAUGAGUACAUCGCCGAGAUCCGCAGAAUCACCAACAACCACGGCGUAGACGGCAUCCUCGACGGCGUCGGCGCCGACACGUGGGAGAGCAACUUCGAGAUCGCCGCCCGCAAGGGCACCAUCGCUACCUUUGGCAACGCCAGUGGCCCCGUCCCCGCCUUUGCGCCGCUCAAGCUGGCCGGCAAAAACCUCAAGGUCUGCAGACCGACCCUGUUCAACUACGUAUCGACACGAGAGGAGCGCGAGGCGUAUUCGAACGAGCUGUUCGAGCUCAUCGAGUCGGGCAAGGUCAAGAUCAAUGUCCAUGACGAGUAUCAGUUCACCACCGAGGACCUGAGGCGCGCAUUUGCCGAUAUUAAGAGCAGGAAGACUACGGGCAAGUUGGUUGUUAAGCUUUAG